AUGUCCAACCUCCGCUCGCAGAAGCGCCUUGCCGCGUCCGUCUUUGGCGUCGGCAAGCGCAAGAUCUACCUCGACCCGGCCCACCUCGGCGAGAUCGCGAACGCCAACUCGAGGCAGAACAUCCGCCGCCUCAAGAAGGACGGCUACAUCAUCGUCAAGCCCGAGGUCGUCCACUCGCGCGCCCGCACCCGCGAGCACGCCGCCGCAAAGGCAAAGGGCCGCCACACCGGCGAGGGUAAGCGCAAGGGUACCGCCGAGGCCCGCAUGCCCACCAAGGUCCUGUGGAUGAGGCGCCAGCGCGUCCUCCGCCGCCUCCUCCGCAAGUACCGCGAGGCCGGCAAGAUCAAUCGCCAGCUUUACCACGACCUCUACCUCAAGGCCAAGCGCGUUCUUAUGGACCACAUCCACAAGGCCAAGGCCGAGCAGAACCGCACCAAGGUUCUCGCCGACCAGGCCGAGGCCCGCCGCGUCAAGAACAAGGCUGCCCGUGAGCGCCGUGCGGAGCGUGUUGCCGAGAAGCGUGCUGCCAUCGUUGCUGUCGAGGCUGAGGGCGAGACCAAGGAGUAA